AUGACAGCAGCAACCGACAAUUGGAUACAGAACGUCAUCCGAGCCGGCGAAAACCGAUCCAAACUCGAACCGCUUCUGGAACAGCGACUUAAGGUCAAAGGCAAGUCGACCGAGGUUCUGGAAUCAUUCAAAGACGUGACCCGCUUCUCUGUAGUGUGGGCCAACGAGCUCGUCCGUCUGAGCAACGAGCUGGAUACGUCCAUCUUCCUCUACUAUGUGGACACCUUCUUGCAGCAAUUCAGCAUCCAGCGACUCAGCGCCUUUCCCCAUAUUCUGUCUAGUCUACUCGACCAGUUCAGUCACCAUGUCAUCAGAGCCAAACGACCUCUUCUGGGCCUGUCAUUAUUACAGCCUAGAUUGCCCGACAAAAACACCAUCACCCCCAUGCAUGCGCAGCUGAUGCGUCUCUCUUUCGAAGCCAACAAAUGCUCCGUUGGCCUGGAAGUGCUCGACCGGGAGUUCCUCUCCCUGGACAAAUGUGCGACCCGAAACGACCUGGCUCUAUUUCACUUCUACGGAGCUCUCGUCUACAUUGCCUACAAGGAGUGGGAGAAGGCCGACGACUUUCUAGCCAUUGCCAUUGAAGCAGGAGCUACCCAGACCACAACUCGACCCUGGAUCGUCAGAUUCGCCUACUCACGAAGAAUCCUGCUCUCUCUCAUUAUGGGCACACCUCUUCCAAAGAUCCCGAACCCCAACAGCUCGGAAGUGUCGCCCUCAGAUGACCUGCUGGCCAGAGAUUGCCACCCAUACCACGCACUUGCAUUGGCAGCUCAUUCAUCUGACCCCAAACAGUUUGUCCAGACAACAGAGGCACAAAUGGAGACAUUCAAAAAUGAGGGUACGUGGCAGCUGGUUGUCACGGCGCGUCUGUGUUUCUUGCAUGGUCAGCUGAGAGAGUCGCAUAAGGCAUAUUCUCGUGUGCCUCUCAAGGACGUGUCUGCUGCCAGUCCCCGGAUUCUGUCCAACUACGGCCGAAUUGACGAGAGUAAUGAUGCAUUUGUGUUUGAGACCGUCUGCUCCAAGGAUCCCACCCGGGAAACGGUGCAGUUGCUGGACCAGGUUGUGCGUAUGAAGAAUUUGGUGGAGGAGAAGGGCAUUGCCACCACCAACACGUCCAAGUUCCUAAAGUCUUUGCAUGAUGUGGAACAAAAGCGGGAGGCCCCCACAGUCACUCUAAACAUGGCCAUUAGUGAUGAUGACAUGUUGUAG